AUGGCUGUUCCGACACUUGACGAGUACCAGAUUGGCUGGAUUUGUGCCCUUCCAAUCGAACUAGCCGCUGCUCAGGAGAUGCUGGAUGAGAACUUUGGGGCGCCCGAAGAGCAAGACAACUCGGACACCAAUAUAUAUACUCUAGGCAGAAUCGGCAGACAUUUGGUUGCGAUCGCAUGCCUUGGAGGGCAAUAUGGGAUGACUUCAGCCACCACCGUGGCUAAUAACAUGAUGCGAACCUUUUCAAAGUCACUUCGGGUUGGAUUAAUGGUUGGUAUUGGGGGAGGGAUUCCUUCUGCGACCCAUGAUGUACGGCUCGGUGAUAUUGUGAUCAGUUAUCCUACUGGCACGUGUGGGGGUGUGGUCCAGCACGACUUGGGGAAAGUGGGUGAAGGGGGAAAGUUUGUCCGCACUGGGUCGUUGAAUAGCCCUCCCAGAUUAUUGUUAGCCGCGGUCAACCAAAUGAGGGCAAAAGCACUUGGAGAAGACCCGCUUUAUCCGUCUUAUAUCCAGCAAGCAGUCCAGAGAAAUACCCGAACACGCCGAAACUUUGAUCGACCAAAUCAGCAAAUGGACCGACUCUUCCAAAUCCGUUAUGAACAUCCUUUAAAUGCCGCUACUUGUGAUGGCUGUUUGGAUGAGUGGGAGGUGAAAAGAGAAAAUCGAGACGAUAACGAGCCACAGCCACACUACGGUAUUAUUGCUUCAGGGAAUGUUGUUAUAAAGCAUGGUAUAUUACGAGAACAGCUCUGGAAGGAGACAGAAGCUUUAUGCUUUGAAAUGGAGGCUGCAGGCUUGAUGCAGGACUUCCCUUGUCUUGUGAUCCGGGGUAUUUGUGACUAUGCAGACUCGCAUAAAAACGAAAAGUGGCAGGGAUAUGCGGCAUUGGCGGCUGCCUCCUAUGCAAAAGAGUUACUAAGUUAUGUGCCCUAUGGCCAGGUGUCACAGGAGAAGUUGGUUGCGGAGAUUUCUAUGACAAUCAGUCAACAGCUUCGAAGCUUGAACAGCGCCACGGAUAAAAUCGAGCAAAAAAUCAACAUGGACCGUCUGAAAAUUGCGGACGGGGCGGCAUUUGAUUCAUCGAAUCGUGGAUAG